AUUUAUUUAUUUUCACGGGGCCGUUGAGUGGAAGGCUGGGUUUACGAAGGCUCGGAGCCUCCCCUCCCCUGCCGCGGCGGCGGCGGCGCUCCGGGCGAGGGAGGGUGGUGCCGCUUCCCGGGGGCUGGAACACGCCUUCCCGGGGGCUGAGCGCGGCUUUCCCGGGGCUGAGCACGGCUUCCCUGCAGCCGGAACGCCUCUUCCCCGCGGCUGCCAGGCGGUUUCAGCCCCUUUUCGCUGCUCGGUGGAGCUGAUGGCUGCAGCCCACCUCUGCAUAGGGGUGUGUAAACUUGGUGGAACUCGGGCUUUUUGUGUGAAAACCUCCCCUCGCGUCUCGGCGCAGCGAACAUGCCUGAGCAGAGCAAUGAUUACAGGGUGGUGGUGUUCGGAGCAGCGGGGGUCGGCAAGAGCUCCCUGGUCCUGCGCUUUGUGAGGGGCACUUUCAGGGAAACCUACAUCCCCACCAUCGAGGACACGUACCGGCAGGUGAUCAGCUGUGACAAGAGCAUCUGCACCCUGCAGAUCACGGACACCACGGGCAGCCAUCAGUUCCCUGCCAUGCAGCGGCUCUCCAUAUCCAAAGGGCAUGCCUUCAUCUUGGUGUACUCCGUCACCAGCAGGCAGUCCAUGGAAGAUCUUCACCCCAUCUUCGAUGAGAUCUGUCAGAUCAAAGGCGACAUCCAGAAAAUCCCGAUAAUGUUGGUGGGGAACAAAAGUGACGACGCGCAGAGGGAGCUGGAUGCCAGCGAGGGGCAGGCGCUGGCCAGCAAGUGGAAGUGUGCCUUCAUGGAGACGUCAGCCAAAAUGAACUACAACGUGCAGGAGCUCUUCCAGGAGCUCUUGAAUCUGGAGCAGAGGAGAACUAUCAGUCUCCAGGUGGAUGGAAAGAAAUCCAAACAGCAGAAAAAGAAAGAUAAACUGCAAGGCAAAUGCUCUGUAAUGUGAUUGCCUUUGGCUGGACUCGCUGCACGGCACAGCUGGAGCGUGGACUCCCACAGAAAAUACAUUUCUGCUGGAGAUUUUGGAGGAAUUCACGCCUUGCAGGGUUGUUGCUUUCCUCUAAAAUCCCCGCUGGGUAAUUGUAUGUGUUGUUUUUAAGGAGGAUGGCUUCUGCAUGUUUAUUUUUUUAAACCAAUAAAUGUUCCAUGUUAGCAAUUA